UACCAGCUGAUACGCAUAUGAUAGGUGGACCGGUACCGGUACGGUCGUACACUUCUCCUCCAGCCCCAACAUCGGUUACACUUCUCUAAACCUCCAUAAACCCCCAGCCGUCGGUCUGCUUUCUAAUAUGGUUACUUAGAGUAAGCUUUAGUCUUACUUAGACGUAAGAUUGCCUCCAAUUCCUAAUUACACUAUCGCUGAACGGUAAAUGAUCCUCGACCUGCGUGCUUUCAGCGACGAUAUGCAUCCACAAAGCUUGAGGGCAGCCUCUGUGAUGGCAUUCGAAUGAAUGAGCUGACCCUGCAGUCCGCGGAGCCGUGUUGUGGCAUCAGCCAUUUCACUCACUUAGAGAGAGAUAUUGGUUGGUAGCCCAUUUGGUAUUACAGAGCCAGCUAGCUAGCUAGCUUUCGGUAGCACCCAAGUUGAUCCGCAUCUUAGUUUUGUAGGAAAGCAACGUGAUGGCCGCCAACGCGUUGUCGCUUCAUCUUGGCCUGUGCGGCGCACUGACGGAUACAGGGCCUCGAUUAUUGCCAUGUUCCAACAACAAGGAUAAUGCCAUCACUGACGAGCCUGAGCACACUCCAAUGGACGCUGGCAGUGAGGCUACCCCGGUUCAAUCAGGAGGCAGAGCCGCUCUCUUCGACCCCAACAUGCAAGAACGGAGGGAUGAAAUCGAUGCCUUGCGAGCUAGAGUGGACGUCAUUCUCAACAAAAUGGUGCAGAAUUCUGGCGACGAUGUCCAAAGGCUGCGUCAGAAAAUUGCCGAGAUGAGAAAUGGGCCGCAACCUACAAUUCAGCAAAAGCCCCCAACCCGAGCCAUCACAACCUGGAAUGGAGGUGAUGGGCUUUGUGCUCCUCUGUCGCCCAUGACUGCUACGACAAAUGUAACCAACAUCACAACGACGACCAACACUACUGGUAACUCUGCUACUCCAAGCGCCGACACUGAACGACAUGCAAACCUUACAUCCCAGAGCAAGCCCCCAGUUCAGCACGAGUCUUCGCUACUGACAUCACCUAUCUCUGACGUCGAAGAGGAACGAGACGACGCCGAUGAUGAUGAUGACGACGAUGACAUUGAUGACAUGGAGUUCGACUUUAAGGUGGCCCCCCUAUCUCUUUCCAAGUCCGCUCAAAUGGCCGAGCUCGGGUCGCUUGCCGAUCCUCGUCCCAGCAAGCCAUCGAAGGAUCCACCCGCUUCGUUGAAGGCAAGUGAAUCGUUGCUCCCUGAUCCCGGUGGCGAUGAGAGUUACUGCAGCGCCGGAAGCCGCUGCGAUUCGCCCCCUCCAGGCUCUGUCUUGUACGAGGCAGCAGCUCGGAAGGCAGAGUCGGUUGCUGACCACCAACAGGAAGCACAGUUGAAGCAGGAACAUGUUAUGGAAGAACAGCAGCUACAAAUAAUGCAUAUGCAGAUUCAGCAGCAGGAAUUGGAGCAAAUGCAGAUCGAGCAGCUGCAGAUUGAGCAAAUGCAGCUAGAAGAAUUGCAGCAAAAGCAACCGCCAACACCAGACCUUAUCGCCGUUGACUCCCAAUCUAGGGUUUCCAAGUCGUCUAGGCAAACCAAGUCCACGAAGGCCGGAACGGUUGCCACCAAGGCAACUGUGGGUACGGUUGCCAACACUGUCGCGAACACCGUCGCGAACACCAUUGCAAACACUAUUGCCAACACCCUUGGAGGUGCUGGCACCGUCGGUACCAAGGCAAACAACACCGUUGCAUCCAAGGCCAACAACACCGUUGCAUCCAAGACGAACAACACCGUGGCCUCCAAGGCAAACAACACCGUGGCCUCCAAGACAAAUAAUACCGUUGCCAGCAAGACAAACAAGUCAGUUGCUUCCAACAACAACAACGCAGCUGAGGUGCAAUCCAAGGGGGCCCCUAAUAGUAUUCAAGGUUCAGCGGCACAGCCGAUUGUCCCCGAGGCACAAGAAGACGUCCCCAUUUUUGAGAUCGACGCUGGCCCCAAGCCCCAAGAGCAGCCGCUUCAGCAGCAAGUUAUGCCCGUUUUGGUUGAUGGCCCUCCAGUAGAAGUCGUGCGUACCGAACAGAGCAAGAACUCAGAUCCACCAGGAACACCAAGCGGACAACGUAUUUCGGUCGAUCCUUUCGAGCGCAGUAAGAGCCCCCCUCCUCCUGUUGCCAAUGUCAACAUUCCUCGCAUCUUGAAGCCAUCAGACGGCAUCGGGGCACCUUCUGUUGGAGGCGGAAGUCAUUCUGAUUCCAGUCUAACACGCCCACCAUCACCCACUCCGCUGGGAGAAAUCACCAUGGUGGAAGAAGUGACUGAGCAGCGAAUUCGAGACCCUUACGGAGACAAGGGACUGUACACUGGAGUUUUGGUGAAGCGCCGCCCUCAUGGAAGAGGGACGAUGAAGUACGACGACGGACGUCAUUACGAAGGGCACUGGAAUCAUGGCAGAUGGCACGGAGUUGGCAGAGCCAUAUUUGCUAACAAUGACAUUUUUGAAGGAAGCUACGACAUGGACCAGAGGCAUGGCCAUGGCAUGUAUCAGUGGAAUGACGGUCGUGUCUACACGGGCCAGUUCUUCCAAGACCAGAGACAAGGUAGAGGCACAUACACAUGGCCUGACGGUGCUGUUUAUCAGGGCGAAUUCAAGGCGGGACACCGCCAUGGUCAAGGAAUGUAUCGGUUUGCGGACGGAUCCGUCUACACUGGAGAAUGGGAGAAUGGCAAAUACCAUGGUGUUGGCGAGUGCCGCUGGUCCGACGGACGUAGCUACCGAGGCGAGUGGAAAGAAGGCCGCGCGAACGGAUACGGAGUCGAGACGCGCCCCAACGGGACAAUCCGACAUGACGGUGAAUGGAAGGAUGAUCGCCCAAUCCGCGAAGGCAAAAGGCAUGCACACGGCGACACGAAGUAAAACGGCAAGGAGAGAGGAUCAGCAGCUUACUUGGUGAAGGAGGGAGUCCGUGACAAUGUGAGAGGAUCGCUUGCCCAUGUAUGAAACAGCCAACAACAAGAGAGAGACUCAACCGAUUAACGAAGAAAUCUCUCGGUAGGGUUAUUCUUGUCUUCUCCCGAGGCCGAGCUAUGUGUUCUAGUGAAUUGUUUAGGCACGAGUGCAGUUAUGCCAUAGCUACCCGUUCAGUUCGAAAUGAAUGGCACUGACAUCGUUACUAUAUAAGCAACUUUAUUAGUUGAAACAAUCUGUGCACCUUUCCAGGAUAUCGACUACUAGCUACCUGCUCCUAGUUGGACGCCAAGACGACACCAUCGGAGUCGGCUCAACGAAGUCUUUCAAAGGAAGCCAAACCAACCAACCAACACAAGAACCGCACUUGCGCCCGCCCCCAACAAAAGAUCUCGCAAGUAAGUGCAGCCACACCUACUAUUUUGACUAUUUCCAGAACCUCACCUUGCCACUCGACGAGGAAAGCGAAAACUCGUGUUUCGAGGCAACCCUUGCACUCCCAAUCGCUUGCGACGAAGUCUCCCUCCACUCGCAAGCCGAAUUGACAACUGGCCAGAGCGAGCUGCGACUUGACAUCCUAGUGAGAAAAUCAUAACAUCAAACACAACUAUGGCUGCAUUGCCUAUUCAUGCUUUUUCAAGCUUCAUGUAGCUGUCUAGCUGGUGCCAUUUCGUUCUACCGGUAGCAAUUCGUAACCAUUCAAAGGAGGACUCCCGCGCGACGCUUCUGGGGUGGAAAGGUUCCACAGAGCUCCCAAUGCACUUGGCACAGCAGUCGGGCAUCUUCUUGUUUUGAGCACUGGUUGGCAUUGAGAAGCUAUUAUGCACGAUCCAUCCCAUUGUCAACCACGCAACCAAGAAGGAUUUCGGAUGCCUCAACAAUAACUCAACAACUGGUUAUGGUCUUGAUCUGCCUUUUUGGUUGCGCCAGCUUCCCACAAAGCCGCUCUUCAGACUUUUUGAAUCGAGUUAGUCCAUCUAUC